GUAAAUAAUUAUUUACUCUCUCAAAUGCAUGGUUAGAAAGAAAACGAAUGUGAGAGGAAGAAGAAGUGUUUAUAAAAAUAUCACAAAGAAACAUUCUAAAAUGUAUCUCAUGUAUUAUUUUAACGAAAAAGGAGAGCGAGUAUAUACUUUAAAGAAAAUAGAUCCUAAUGGAAAACCUACAUUAUCAGCACAUCCAGCUCGAUUUUCUGUAGAGGACAAAUAUUCAAGAGAAAGGAUCACAAUGAAGAAACGAUUUGGAUUGCUUUUAACACAACAACCUCUACCUAGCUUUUAAUAUAAAAUAAAUAUAAAAUCAUGUUAAAAAUUUUACUGGAAAAUGUAGAAUAUAAUUGAAAGAAUUCAUGUAUACACACACAUACAUACACAAUACAAUAUAGUAAUAUAUCUCGUACAUAAUCUACAUCGUAAUCUACAUCGCUGUUAUCAGAGGUAGUUAAACUUUUACACCUACAACUUCCUUUAGUGAUAAUUGGCAGAAGAUAUACACACGCAAAAAUCAUAUUAAUGCAUUUGACAUCAUAACUGUAAUACAUAUAUGUAAUGAUUAUUUGU